GCCAAAGUACCUUCCUUAGCACUGUUCCACGUGUGGAGUGCUGCUCCACCUCCUUCUGUGACUUCUACUGGCUGCAGCCUACACAGGAGUGACUCGGGAGACCCAAAAGCCACGCAAUGGAGGCAGUGAGUUUUGAGGAUGUGGCUGUGCACUUCACCAUGGAGGAGUGGGCUUCAUUGAAUCCAUCCCAAAAGAAGCUCUACAGAGAUGUGACAGCGGAAACCCUUAGGAACCUGGCUGCUGUAGGAAACACCUUGGAUAACCAGGAAGUUGAAGAAGAAUACAAAAAUUACUGGAGAAACCUAAGAAACAAAGAGGUAGUGGAAUACUAUCAUUGUAAAUCUUGGAAUCAACAUGAAGAAGUAUUCCUUUGUAAUCCACGUACUAAUUUGGAUGUUAAACAAGCUGACUUAACACCAGCUGAAAGCCUUGCUUGUAGGCAGGCUCUGAUUGGGCCUUUGUCACUAACAGUGCCUAUCAUUGCUCACACUGCACUGAAGCCACAUAAACACUUGGGAUCUGAAGAGAAGGUAUAUAAAGGUAAUCAACAUACAAGACACUCCAGUGAUUUACAGUCCCUUCAAAAGCAUGCAAGAUCACAGGAUGGAGAGAAACCCUGUGAAUGUGAUCAGUGUGGGAAAUCCUACUCUGAUCUUAGUGAAAGAACUCAAGUGAAAGAUAAAGGUUCUGUAUGUAAGAAAAAUUUGAAAUCCUCCAGCACAGACAGUGAUGUUCAGAUCCAUGAAAGAAAUCACAGUGGGGAAAAACUCUAUGUAUGUGAGCACUGUGGGAAAGCUUUCAGUACGUGUAGUGCUUGUCAAAGACAUGAAAGAAUUCACACUGGGGAGAAACCCUAUGUAUGUAAGCACUGUGGGAAAGCUUUCAGCACACAUGAUAGUUGCAAAGUACAUGAAAGAGUUCACACUGGGGAGAAACCCUAUGUAUGUAAUCAAUGUGGGAAAGCUUUCAGGAGACAGGGCGAUUGUAAAGUACAUGAAAGGCUUCACACUGGCGAGAAACCCUAUGUAUGUAAGCAAUGUGGGAAAGCUUUCAGCAGACAUGUUUAUUGCCAAAGCCAUGAAAGAAUUCACACUGGGGAGAAACCCUAUGUAUGUAAGCACUGUGGGAAAGCUUUCAGGACACAGAGUGAUUGUAAAGUACACGAAAGGCUUCACACUGGGGAGAAACCCUAUCUAUGUAAGCACUGUGGGGUAGCUUUCAGGACACAGAAUAUUUUUAAAGUACAUGAAAGGACUCACACUGGGGAGAAACCCUAUGUAUGUGAGCACUGUGGGAAAGCUUUCAGCACUCGUAGGAAAUGUCAAAUCCAUGAAAGAAUUCACACUGCAGAGAAACCCUGUGUAUGUGAGCACUGUGGGAAAGCUUUCAGAACAUGGAGGAAUUGUAAAAGCCAUGAAAGAAUUCACACUGGGGAGAAACCAUAUGUAUGUGAGCACUGUGGGAAAGCUUUCAGGACACGGAGUUAUUGUAAAAUACAUGAAAGAAUUCACACUGGGGAGAAACCCUAUGUGUGUAAACAAUGUGGGAAAGCUUUCAGGAGUCAGAGUUAUUCUAAAGUACAUGAAAGGCUUCACACUGGGGAGAAACCCUAUGUAUGUAAGCAUUGUGGGAAAGCUUUCAGGACAAAGAGUAAUUGUAAAGUACAUGAAAGGAUUCAUACUGGGGAAAAACCCUAAAUAUGUAAGCACUGUGGGAAAGCUUUCAGGACACAGAGUGAAUGAAAAGUGCAUGUAAAGUGCAUGAAAGAAUUCACACUGGGGAGAGACUGUACGUAUGUAAGCAAUGUGGGAAAGCUUUCAGGACACAGUAUUUAUAAAGUACAUGAAAGGACUCACACUGGGCAGAAAUCCUACAUAUGUAGGCAAUGUGGGAAAGCUUUCAGCAUAUGCAAUAGUUUCCAAAUGCAUGAAGGCUUCACAAUGGAGAGAAACUGUAUGUAUAUAAGCAAUGUGGGAAAACUGAGCACACAUAGUGCUUGUCAAAGACAUAAUAAACUUUACACUGGGGAAAAGUCACAGUGGGGUAAACUGUAUAGAAGCUCUGUAGGAAAGCUUUCAGCACACAUUGAUAUUGUAAAAUGAAUGAAAGUUCACACCGGAGAGAAAUCCUAUAUGUAAGCAAGGCAGAAAAGUUUUCAGCACACAUGAAAGAUGAAAAAACUCACUGAAGAAACUAAAGGAAAGCUUUCAGCAGGUGUAGUACAUGUAAAAUAUGUGAAAGAGCUCACUGGAUAUUAAUCCUGUGCAUGUAAGCAGUGUGUAAAGACAGCACAGAUGAUUGUCAAGUAUAUGAAAACUCAUGAGUUAGAAAUCAUGCGCAUGAGUAAUGUGGGAAAGAUGUCAGUCCAUACAUAUUUUUAAAUGCAUGAAAGCCUCACUGGGGGGAAACCUUUUGUAUGUAAGCCAAUUUUGAAGAUCCUGUGAAAAUUUGUCAUGUA